GUCACUGCUGACAUAUGUCAAUGUCAAAACGUCGAAACCAGUAAAAACAGUAACCACGAGCCACGAGUAGUAGAUUAUAGUGUGUUAAUAUUUUAAAACAUUAAUUAAAGCACGCGUAAAGGAAUCAGAAAUUUAAUACAAAAUGAAAAGAAAAAUAUCAGAUAUUGAAAAACAAGAAUCUAAGCUAUCUUCCAUUCUGUUCAAAAAAUCCAACAAAUUUACUGAAAAACUAUCAAAAAACUCAUACGCACACAAAGAUGAAAAGAAACCGGCAUGGUUCGAUGAAGACGAUGAGCAAUUUAUCGAUAAUACAGCCGCACCUAAUUCAAAAGAGAAGAGUUUGUACGCUAAUAAACUCAAGCAAAAAUAUAAUACUUUAAUGGGCACACCGACUUGGGCAGAAUUGAAGGAAACAAAAAAUGACGAGGAUGAUAGUGAAAUAUUGAGAACCGUUGGACAUUUGCAGAAAGUAAAGUCAAUUGGCCUUCCAAAAGACUUUUUAGAAUAUAAAAAGUUUCCAGCAAUAAAUCGUGAAACAUGCAAUGAGGGGGCAAUUAUACGAUGCUUGGAAUUUCAUCCAAAACUGAGUGUAUCUCUUGUUGCUGGCACAUCUGGUGUAGUUUCGUUGUUUACUAUUGGAGGAGAUGCAAACACUAAACUCCACAGCUUCAAACUGAAAAACUGGAAUGUUACAGCGGCUCAUUUCACACCCGAUGGUACUGAAGCCUAUAUAGCUUCAGAUAAUAAUCACAACUAUUGUAUUUACGAUUUAGUCAAGGCAGAACCCAAAUUAAUGCAAUUGCCCAAAGUAGUAAAAAAACCAAACAUUUUUAAAUUGUCAUCUGAUGGUAAGUAUAUUGCGACAAGUAUUGGUUUGGAUGAGGUGUAUAUAAUAUGUGCCAAGUCAAAAGAACUCCUUCGAUCACUCAAAAACAACACAAAUAUUGCAUCUGUAGCUUUUAGUUCUAAUUGUGAUAAGUUGUACUGUUAUGGAAUGCAAGGUGAAAUAACUGUAUGGGAUAUGUCAACGUUUAAAGCUCUAAGCAAAUUUCAUGACCAAGGUUGUGUUACAGCAUCAAGAAUAGAAACCAGUGCGUGUGGUAGACUUUUAGCUACUGGAAGUGGGGAAGGCAUUGUCAAUGUGUAUGAAAUGUCCAACUUAACUUCUCUUUAUCCAAUGCCAUUAAAAACAAUUCCCCAUUUAAAAACUAAAAUAACAAGUAUAAAAUUUAAUGGAACAUCAGAAAUACUUGCUAUAUCAUCAGGAUACUAUCCCAAUGCAAUCAAAAUCCUUCAAUUACCAUCAUACCAUGUGUUUUAUAACUUUCCAUCAAAUUUAAAUUUAUAUCAAGUGCAAAAUGUGAGCUUUUCUCCCAACACUGGUUACAUGGGAAUAAGUAACAAUAAGGGACGUGCCUUUUUGUAUAGGCUCAAGCAUUACAAGAAUUAUUAAGGCUUUAAAA